AUAUUGGGUUUGUGUUUGGUUUGGCCAUAAUAUUCGUACGCUACUCCAAGUCUACAAGACAACAACAGCUUGACCAAUUUCUAGUGGAGUGUAAAAAUGGGGGGAAUAAUAAGGCCGCAGAUCGUAUUGUUUGGGGACUCAAUCACUGAGCAAUCUUUCAGACCCAGUGGUUGGGGUUCUGCUCUUGCUGACAAUUACUCACGCAAGGCUGAUAUACUCAAUCGAGGCUAUGGUGGGUAUAACACAAGAUGGGCAUUGUUUCUCUUGCAUCAUCUUUUUCCUCUGGGUUUGGCGGAUCCUCCUGUGGCUGUUACCAUUUUCUUUGGAGCUAAUGAUGCAGCAUUGCCUGAGAGGAAUAGUGAACGACAACAUGUUCCUACAGAGGAGUACAAAGAGAACCUCAAAAAGAUGGUUCUGCACUUGAAGAAAUGCUCCCCCACCAUGUUAGUGGUGCUUAUAACUCCCCCACCCGUUGAUGUGGAAGGCCGCAUGGAAUAUGCACGGUCAAUAUACGGUGACAAGGCAAUGAAGCUCCCAGAAAGAACAAAUGAAGUUGCAGGAAUUUAUGCAAAUGAGUGUGUUUCAUUAGCCAGCGAACUGGGUAUUCCCUCCAUCAAUUUAUGGUCCAAGAUGCAGGAAACUGAGGGCUGGCAAAGAAAAUUCUUGAGUGAUGGAUUGCACCUGACAUCUGAAGGCAAUGCAGUAGUGCACAAAGAGGUGGUUCAAGUCUUUAUCCAGGGAGGUCUCUCGGCUCCGGAUAUGCCGUUCGAUUUUCCUCACCACUCGCAGAUUGAUCCGAAGAACCCUGAGAAAGCUUUCACCCUUCAAUGUUCAUAAUUGUAUUUUUUCAUUUUCAUAAACUGUGAAUCAAAAUGUUUAUUUUUUCUUUCUUGAAUGUUUUGGGUGUAUUCAACCCUUAAAAAAGACAGCCUUGUGUAACUUACCAUAAACUUUGCAUACAUCAUGUUUAUGGGUAAUUUUUUGUACUUCAAAUUGUUGCUAAACAUACUUGGAGCUUUCUUUGAACA